CCCGAGCUGAACUUGAAAUUUUUCACUGCUAACAGAUGCCUGAAAAACAAACAGAAUCGAAGCAGUUUUUAUGUGCGCACUCUGGGCAAGCAUUACAAUUUUAACAAGUCCGUAGAAAGGUUUCACACCAUCGAGUGUAAUUUACACUGAGCAUUGCUGCCCCAUAGCAACAGGAGUGUUGCAGCAUGGGACUCAGCUGCUUCAAGUCCUGGAAACAUGACAGUGCAGGCCACAAAGGUAACAGAGACGUACUGGCCAGUCCAGGGUCCUAUUUCUUCCUCUCUAACAGCGCUGGUCAAGGUGACGAAUGGCUGAAGAGCCUUAACAGAGGAGUCUGGAUUCCUUUUACAGGAGUCUUUGGUCAACGUCUAGAGGAGACUGUGCUGUAUGAGCAGUGCUAUGGUGUGCGUUUGGUGCCAUUGGUGGUAGAACAGUGUGCAACCUUCAUUCGGGAAUGUGGCCUGCAUGAGGUCGGCUUGUUUUGCCAGCCAGGACAGGCCAGACUGGUCAAAGAGCUGCAGGAAGCAUUCGAUGCUGGGGAGAGACCCUCCUUUGACAGUCGCACAGAUGUCCAUACUGUGGCAUCACUGCUGAAACUCUACCUCAGGCAGUUACCGGAACCUCUGGUUCCGUUCAGCCGCUACCAGGACUUCAUGCUGUGUGGCCAGAAACUGUUAAGCAACCGCACACUGGGUUUGGUGGCAUUAAGAAAUCUGCUUCAUGAGCUGCCAGUUGCAAAUUUCAACCUGCUCAACUUCAUCUGCCAGUUUCUCAAUGAGGUGCAGAGUUACUCCAGCAAUAACAAGAUGAGCUGUCAGAACUUGGCUACUGUGUUUGCUCCAAACAUUUUAAGAGCCAAAGCUGAAGACCCACAAAGCAUCAUGGGAGAUGCAGCACUGGUCCAGCUACUGAUGCUGGAGCUGAUCAGAGAGCCUCAGACUUUGUUCUCCAGAUUUCCUCCCCCAACCUCCGCCCAUCCUGAAGAUUCUCACGCGUCACCAAGUGUUUCCAGGCGGCCUCAUCUCUACCCAGCUCCCUGCCUCCGCCAGCGGUCUCUGCCUCUCAUUGCCGAUGACUCUACCAGGGAGUCAGGCCAGUCAGCCACAGACAGAUCCAGUCCCGGUUGUAUCUCCUCUGCUGCUGCCCUCUCAGACUUGUCCGUGGGCCAGAAGAGACUUCCGGGCCACCGUUACACCUCCUCCCACCCAGAAAACUGCUUUUCUCCCCUGCCUUCCUCCAGUUACCCUCUUCAGCAUCGUUUAGACCAACACAACAUGGAUUACCAACACCACGCUGGGCGGCGAGCUUCGCCUACGAUUUCCAAAACAUCUGUAAACACCCUCACACCAGAAAAACUGCUAUCUAGCACUGAGAUCAGUACAGUGCCCCUAGGUUGGGAAGAGGCCUGGCCAGGCCUGGUAGAGGCUGGAGCCAGCUUCUGGAGCUCUCCAUCAGCCAAGGCUGCAGGUGAGUGUGGUGCAGUAUCAGAAGCAGCCAGUGGGGGCAGCAGUGAGGCACAAGGGGACAGUACGCCCUCUGUUUAUGACAACCUGGACAGAGAGUCGCUUCUUCAGGAAAUGGACAACAUAACUGAUGUAUAUUUUGUGGCCAGUGCUGCAAAAAGCCACUUUGGAACUGCUGAAGAGCUAAAAGGGGCAGGACAGACAGCUGACUCCUCCUCUUCCUGUUCUUCCUGUGAGGUACUUCCAUUGGAUGACAGCUGUUGUCAGGGUGAUGUCAUGUCCAGAGUUUGCUCUGUCUUAUCAGCAAAAGGUCCAAUAAUGGGACCUUCGUGUCAGGUACCAGAGGAUGAAAAUGGUGAUGAUUAUGGACACAAAGGUGAUACCGAUGAUGGUGAUGAUGAUGUGCUGCAUCCUAACUCUCCAGCAUCUUGCUCUGUGCCCAGUGACAGCCCUCUCAGCACAGGGAGCUCAGAGGUGUUCCUCUCAUCUGGGCUUCCAGACCUGCAGGGUACUGAGCCUCCUCCACAGCAUAGGGACACUGACCUGCUCCUGGGGGAGUUGCGGCAGCAAAUGGCCCAGCAGAAAGCUGACUACCAGACCAGGAUAAAGAGGUUGGAGCAGUGCAAUGAUGCUCUGGAGAGGCAGGUGGCAGUACUGCGAGUCAGUCUGGAGCAGCAGAAGCGAAGCCAAAGUGUCGCUGAAGUCAAGAUUUGCAACAUGGAGCGAGCCAAAGCAGACGCUGACCGCCGAAACAGCACACUGCAGAAAGAGAUGGAGCUGUUCUUCAAGAUGUAUGGAGAGAUGAGAAGAGGAUGGAGAACGAGAGAGCCUCAGAGCCUCUGAGGGGAUGUGA